UUAACACAGCGCAGAGCAGAGCUGGCGGUCACAGUUGUGUCCUGGAUUGUAGCAGAGAGAGUUAUAUAGAGAGAGAGAGCAGCCCUCCUGCAGCCUGUUAGCCCACCACCACCACCAUGGAUGUCAAACUGCUGACUCUGACGGCUCUCCUGGCCGUGGCCACACAUGUACCAACCUCCAACGCCAAGCCCAUCAGUCUGGUAGAGCGGUGCUGGUGUCGUUCCACUCUCAGCACGGUUCCUCAGCGGUCCAUCAAAGAGCUCAAAUUCCUCCACACACCCAACUGCCCCUUCCAAGUCAUUGCCAAGCUGAAGAACAACAGGGAAGUUUGCAUCAACCCAGAGACCAAGUGGCUGCAGCAGUACUUAAAGAAUGCCAUUAACAAGGUGAAGAAAAACAGAAGACGCAAUAACAAGAAAAACUAAAAACAAGGGAAGACUUGUAUGUCGCCAGACCUGGCAUCCCCGAGUUGAACCUGUAUACCUCCCUAUCACUGCUAUGGAUGUAUGUAAACACGCUGUAUGUACCUGUCCACCUCUCUGGACCGCUUGCAGAACCAGCACUUCACCGCCAAACCAUGCAGUCCCCAGCACCGCCACCAAUCCCCCUGGACACCCACGCAGUCACCCCCAACUCUCCCUGUUCGCACCAAGUGCAAUUAUACCACUGGAUUGAUGCAACGCAUGCUGAUGUCAGAUAUACGUGUGUGUGUGUGUGUGUGUGUGUGCAUUUGAAUGUGCUUCACAUGAACUAACUCUGACUGUGUGUCUGUAUACAGUAUUUUCUGAUAUCACAUCGCUAUAAACGAACAAUUUGGGCUUCCUGUCUCACACACAAGGCUUUGUGGGUAAUGCUACAUUCACUUUCUGUCAAAUUAACUCUAAAUUUGAGCUGCUGAAACACUCCCACAAGCCUCCUUGGAGGAAUUUGUUGGCAGGUUCUGUCUAAAUAGCCCAAAUGGGGUUUGUCAAACAGAAGAAAUGGAAAAGUGAAAAUGAUCAGUUAUAUUUAUAGCAGCACACUUACUUCCUUUUUAACGGUCUUUGAAAAGAGAAAACUCUUACAUUCAUUCAGAACUAGUAUUUGGGAUGGUGGUGUUACAAACUUUAAAUGUGAAAACUUUUUCUCAUGUGAGGUGAAUUUGGCAUUACUCCAGGAGGGCUCAUGGGCCAGACACAGAGAGGCUGGCCAAUGGGGUCACAAGCACUGACCAAUCAGGGCAGGCCAUGCUACAACAGUAUCUUGAAAUGUAUUCAAGCUUCCUGCACCAUCAGGAACAAAACAGAUGGAAGCUCACACACACUGCUAAGAGUCAAGCACUGAUCUUAUGGUGCUAUAUAUUCAGUAUAAGGGGUCAGAGCCAUGGACAUAAUUAUACUUCACUGUUUAUUAUAUGCAAGAUUUAAGAUGGGGUGUGACCUUUAUAUCUUAAAUGAAACACAGUUAUGUUUUUACUUGUCACACAAUAUUUAAAGCGCUGAUAUAAAAUAUUAAAUGGAAAGCUGAUGUUGUGCUUAGGCCAUACUGUACUGAUAACGACCAUAAAGAAGUGGAUUCAAACAUUGAUCAAUGCAGCUUUCUUACUGAUUGAUCAGUAAAUAGAGACCAAAUAUUUAUACAGUAAAACAUGAAGAAACCUGUGAACAAGCAUGAUUCCCUCUUUCAUAUAUUGUUAGAAAAAGGUAGAAGAGAAUCAUCAUAAUUAUUAAUUUCAAAGGGACUAGGUAAUAUAUAUAUAUCUCAUGCAUAUCAAUAAAGCAAUCAACUGCAGUAUUUCCAUACCAACACCUGUCCUUGGUAGGAAUAAAAAGCUAAUAAAUUGUCUCAUAAAACAGCUGAAUGAUAAAUGUCACAAAGGGAUUGUUCAUGGUGGCAAAAAAAUAUAUAGUUUUGAUUAUCCUUUUUUAUAAAUAUUUGAGCCACUUUAUUAUCAGAUGUGUUUUUUUUUUUAAAUGUAAUUGUUUUAUUUUUAUAUUGUGUAUAAUCUUACUAAAUUUUUUUUUAAUGCAAUGUACAGUAGGCAGUAGCUACUAAAUGAAGACUAGUCGAAAAUGCGAGAAACAGUAUUAAACUUCAUUUUUAAGGUUUCAUGCAAUAUUUCACAUAUAUGUAAUGGUUUGUUUGCAAAUAUGUUAGACACAAUAUGCAACUCAUUCCUUUACCAAAGGAUUAAAACACUAUUUUUUUUUUUUUUUUUGCAAUGUGGAAAAUCAGCCAAACAAAUCAAAUAUCGUCUUUCUGGUUUGGUGUUCGGUCCAUUCUGUUUCCUUAUCAACCAAUCUGAGAUGUAACAAAGAUGAACUGAAUAAAAACCUGUCCAACACAUAGUGAUUGAAAACAAAAGCUGCUGUCAUUGUGUUACAUGAGUCAGGAAACUAUUCAGCUCAGCCAACUAGUUGUCCCCGUCGAACACAGUUUUUAUAGAGUUUUACUGAGAUUGAUGUAUGAUGUGUCAAUAGAGCCACUGAGCCAGAACAAAACCUUUGAGUUCAGAUCCAAGCGACCAACAUGUGCUUUCAAUCUGGACACUCCCAGCACCCCACGGGCUUUCUUUUCAAUUUCGCUCGACUGCUGCCAUGCCGAAAAAUUAGAGGCUGUUUUUUUCUUCCCUAAACUGUAAUAGAAGUCUGGUGCUUGUGGUCAUUGUUAUGGUCUUUGUUGGGUUUUACAUGGUCUAUUUGCUGAGUGCCUGAUUACAGGUGAUAAUCAUAUCAAUUUGCAGCUAAUGUUGCAAUAAUCCUGUAAGUGUAAUCCAUUUCCCAUUAAUGUAAUAGAAGUUAAUAGACAUUAAUUUUAUAUUAUUAUACUAAUUUGUUUAAAAACAUUGCUAAACAACCUAAAACAUUCCAAUUUCCAAAUGAACUGAAACCGCCAUCCAUUCCCAAAUUAGCUUAUAUAUAUAUAUAUAUAUCUGUACAGAGAGAGAGAGAGAGAGAGAGAGAGAGAGAGAGAGAGAGAGAGAGCUACAUCUUGAUACUUCAGUAAACUUUCUAAUGUAUAAUGUGAUAAUUAUCUCACUAACAGGGAAAAUAUACUGCAUUACCUGUGGUAAAAUUUUAUUAAACAAUCUCUCAGCAGCAUUUGUUUCAUUACUGUCUUAUGAUAAUUAAUUUGUUAUAUUAAUCAGACUUGCUUUUUUGUUUAGUACUGUGCCCCCUGUGGAAACAAUCUAGACAAAUACAUAGACUCCUUUAUCAUCGUGCAAAUAGAGCUUUUACAGAAGGUUUGUGUGUAUUCUUGGACCAGGCACACAUUCAGGUUCACAUUCAUUACCAUUACUGUGUUAACAAAUGAAUACAAGUGCAUGUGUUCUACUUUGGACCCCCAGACAAUGUGAAAUAACUUCUUUUGAGGCAGCUUUGGACACAUACACUUCAUAUACAUGAGAUGUAUUAGAGUAUUGCUCUCUGUAUUGUCACUGUUUGUAAACCAAGAGGCAGUAUUUUAGCUAUGAUACUCAAACCCUUCUUCAAUAAAGUCAUAUGAGACAAAAUCAGUUA